GCGGCUGGGGGCGAGCCGGGCGGCGGCGCCAUGUGGCGGCGCCUGUUCGCGGCGCUCAUUCACCCUUGUUUUGUCCCCAGCAGCAGCGGGAGCAGCAUGUUCUACGCGGUGCGCAGAGGCAGGCGAAUCGGAGUCUAUCAGACCUGGGAGGAGUGCCGAGAGCAGGUGAACAGGUAUCCGGCCGCCAGCUUCAAGAAAUUUGCCAGCGAGGCAGAUGCUUGGUCCUUCGUGGGCAGUGGGGCACAGCAGUCCUCAUCCCAUUCAGCAGGUACUAAUGGCAUAUCUAGUUUAACACAAAAGAGUGACAGCUACUGGAAUGAACUGGAGACAGCAAGCCCAAGUUACAGUACAUGCAAGAGACCAUAUGAGCAGUCUUCGGAGGAAGAAUCAAACAGAAAACAUGUAAAAUACAAUGAGACAUACUCGGCACCUUCAGUGAGCAAAGAUAAAUUCUCAUAUAUGGGUGACUCUGUAGUUGUUUAUACAGAUGGCUGCUGCUCAAGUAAUGGGCGUCGUAAGGCACGUGCUGGAGUAGGAGUCUAUUGGGGACCAGACCACCCUUUAAAUACUAGUGAUAGGCUUUCUGGACGGCAGACCAACCAAAGAGCUGAAAUACAUGCAGCCUGCAGAGCAAUAGAGCAAGCAAAGAGUCAAAACAUCAAGAAACUGGUUCUUUACACUGAUAGCAAGUUCACUAUAAAUGGUAUAACAAGUUGGGUAGACAACUGGAAAAAUAAUGGCUGGAGAACAAGCACAGGAAAAGAUGUAAUAAAUAAAGAAGACUUUGAAAGACUUGAUAAGCUUUCAGAGGGAAUAGAAAUUCAGUGGAUGCAUGUUCCUGGUCAUGCUGGCUUUACAGGAAAUGAAGCAGCUGAUAGACUUGCAAGAGAAGGAGCUGGAAAACAAAACUCCUAGCAUGCUAUCGUGACUAGAAAACUUCAUUCUUGCUAACUAAAGACUGUUUAAUCCAUAAGACAAGACUCUUUUCAGUAUGAAAACUUCCUGUUGGAAUUGUACAAAAUAAGUUAAUUUAAACUUUGUUAUAACUAUUUCUGGUUUAAAAGUUUUAAAUAUAUGCUGUCCUGUAUAAACACACCUUUUUUUAGGGUGUUCAGGUUACUUGGUUAAUCACUGCUUUGUUGGUAGAGGCUUGUUUAACAAUUAACUGAACAUUCAAAUAUUGGUAAAAGAAAGGUGUCCAGUGUUUUUAGUCCCAGUUGCCACAGUGCCUGUUAAGAAAUUUUUUUAGACGUUCCAUAACUGAGAUAAAACUUUGGGUUUUACAAAGUAUAAUUGUUUCAAAAAGUUUAUGAAGGAAAAUAUGUUGCAAUCUGAAUGCUAGACAGAUGUUGUUUUCCCUUUACCAAGAGUAUUGAAAUAAAUUUAAACUCGAAGUUUG